AGACCUAAGGAGAGGGCUCAACACUCCAUAUCCUCCCGCCAUGCCUCCACCCUCCACUCCCGCCCCAUCUCCACCGCCUCCUUACAUCCCCUCCCUCCCCCCAGAACUCUGGAUCCGGAUCCUAACCUACAACGCCGACCUCACCCACCUCUGGACCACCUGCCGGCAGGUCUCCCAAUCCUUCCGCGCCUUCACCGAGCAAGCCUUCGCGGACACGCACCUCCGGCACACCGCGAUCCACUUCCACCUCGACAAAUACAACCUAGGCGGCAGCACGCGGCGGCCGGAGGUCGUGACCACAUUCACGCGGUUCUCGUCUUCGCGGCUCAAAGAGCGCGUCUACUUCGCCCACAACCAGACCGACGACGAGAUCCCAGAGUUCCGCAUCAAGAAAACCGGCCGAGGCGGCAGAGGCAAAACAAAAGAGACGGACAUAGCCUGUCUGCGCAAGCUCCUCCUCGAGCGCUGGCGCCAGCAGGUGCAGGACAUCCGGCCCGAGUGCCCCAACUACGUGAUCCAGAUCGGGGAUAUGGUGAAUGAUACCGAGCUGCCUGGACUAGAACUGGAUGAGUAUACCGGCGUGGAGAUAUCGUUUGAGUGGCGGCGCAUGCUCGACGCGUUCUUCCGCGAGCAGGAGCGCAUGCGCCGUCUGGCGGACAGCUGGGUAGGUCUCCAAAAUGCAGAUGCGAAUGGGUUGCGCGCCGAGAGCUCACUGGGUGUGUCGCAGCAUCGAGAGGUCGCGCCGCAGAUGGCGGAGAGUCGGCGGAAGGUCGCGGCGGGAGAGAUGACGCAGGCGGACCAGCUGGUUUGGUCGGCGAAGCUGUGGGCGGGUGCGGAGAAGGGGUUUCGGAAGGCGAUAAGGAGGGCAAGGUUAAAAGCUCAUUAUAGGGGCAAUGAGGAGAUGGUGUGGGCGAUUGCGUCGAUGGAACACAUGGAAGGUCCGGCGAGGCUUUUGAAGGAUGUGCCGGGUGGUAGGGUGGGUGAGAGGUGGUUCCAGAGCAUGUAUUUGCCGGAGUACCUCUUGAUGGAUGAGUGGUCGUCGCUUCAGCGGAUCGAUAGCAAGGCUGAGAUGGUGGCGAUGGCACAGUGAGGUAAUUGACUAUGGGUAGUGGUAUUAUCUACAGUGCCUUGCCAUAGAUAUCCGUACGCUUUCCUGUCACUGUCUGUGGGGCUUUUAACGUACUAAUAGAAACUGGGGGCAGCGGAUAUAACUCUAAUCUGCGUAUACCCUGCUGACGCUGUCUGGGGUAGUGCUGAAAAUACUACGAGGCUCCUCACGCGGCGGCAAACGAGUGUACGGAUAUCUGUUUCGCUACCAAGUCCUACGCUAUUCGUUGAUGUACGCGACUUCACCACUACCUCAUAGGCCCCCUCGAAUCUCAUUUAGUAAGGUUUGUACUUGGUUCAUUUAGGCUACGGAACUACCAGUAACAGUAAAGCUCUUUCCGAAUCCGCGUGUGCCAGAAACGGACAUGCCAUUAAAAACAACCAAGACAUAGCAUCCAGGUAAUGGUAACCAAGACCACACAGCCUAAUGACAG